AUGCGUUUCUGCGCGCACGAAGAUCCGGCCUGCAAGGAGGCUCUUGUGGAGCUGGAGGCUGGCGUUGAGUGGUCUUGCGAAGAACUGCUGAUCCAGCUGGUAGCUCAACGCAUCGCUGCUGCAGACUGCGCGCGCCGCGGUUGGGUCUUAGACGGAAUUCCGCAGACGGCUCGUCAGGCGUUGUUGCUGCGGGAGCACAAAAUUAUUCCCGACUGUAUUCUGCUGCUCGAGGCCCCUGAGGGCACUUUGGUAGACAGAAUAAAGAAACGCAAGGCAGACAGCGACAGUAAGUGCUCUGAGGGGGCGCAGGCAGACAAAAACCAGCAACAGAAGGACGCAGCCAGGCUAGUGGAGCUGCGAACCGCACAGCUGGAGCGAUGGCUGCCGCAAAUCCGCGAGGUCUUCCCAGGGAAGCUGACAACAAUCUGUGCUGACGAUGUCGUCUCCAUCGAGUCGGUUAACCAACGAAUGCUGGAGUUCAUUGCAAAAACCGCACAGCUGGAGCGAUGGCUGCCGCAAAUCCGCGAGGUCUUCCCAGGGAAGCUGACAACAAUCUGCGCUGACGAUGUCGUCUCCAUCGAGUCAGUUAACCAACGAAUGCUGGAGUUCAUUGCGAAGUAA